GGCAAAGAUGCCUGCGAAAGACGCUCUUUUUAUACAUUAUAAUUUACUAAGAAGACCUAAGUGUAAUACUUGUCAUAAUCAACGCUUAAGACCUUUAUUACAGAAGUAUCGAUUACGACAGAUAUGA